CUGUUGGAGCGAGAAAAUGGCGACCCUAUUAAAUAUAUUGAAGUUCUAGACCACUGUUCAGAUGCUCCGGAAACAAUGGGGACAUUUUUCCUUCCCACGUAAGUCAGUGAUUAUGUACAGCUCGUCAAUAAUCGAGGAAUUGUAUAACAAAUCUUUAUCGUAGGCCGACUGGUAUCGAUGAAGCGAAUACUAUAUUCUUGAACCGCUUUAGUACAAUAGAUGGCCACUCGCUACGAAACUAAUAUUUAAAAGUGAUGUUAAAAGAGAUGCUUAACAUUGUUCAUUUGCUCGAUUGAACUGCAGUAUUACAAGGAUACUGUACAAUCAUAACAUUUUGGUUUUUGAAGUUAUAACUGAUAUAUGAAAAUCAUGUAUGUGAACUGCGGAGUGAAGAGUCAUAUGAAUGAAGAUCAUUGCAGUUAUAUACGCAACUUUUGUAGUUGCGAAAAGAAAGCUGGAAAAAAAACAAAAACAAAAACAAAAAAAAAGAAAGUGGCUUCUACGGGAUUCGAACCCUCGACCGUUGCGAUACCGGUGCAGCGCUCUACCAAUUUAAGCUAACAAGUCAACUGGGAGCAGGUCGUUGAAUUGGUUGAAUUGGUUGAACCAAUUCAACAACCUGCUGCGUAGUUACUAAAACCCGGAACGACCCACAAUGACCCACAACGACCCACAACGACCCACAACGAUCCACAACGAUCCACAACGACCCACAACGACCCACAACGAUCCCACAACGAUCCACAACGAUCAUCAAAGAAUACUGAUUAACUUUUGAAUUUUUUUCAAAAAUUGAAAAGCAUACUGAAUAGCAAACAUAACGACUCAUAGGACAAAAUAAAUGAGCAAAUGUAGCUUUUCACGAGAAAGAAUCUCCAUUCAGAGACACAUUUGUAAGUACGAUCGAUGUCUCUUCGGCCGGCCAUCGAAUAAAGAUUUGUAUAAGUCACAUGAAAAGUUUCAUCAGCUUUGUUCUCCGUAAACAUCCAUCUACAUUCGUGCCGCGACGCGCUAUACUUUCUUGCUGAUUUCUGCGCUAACGAAGCAAACUGGGAUUGCAGUGUUAUGACAAUGACCAUCAAGACGACAGAGAUCUCAUGUCUAUAUCUACCACGAGUUCCAUUGUACGUAAUUGUUUCCCUUUACAGGCAGAGACCUCGUGUAUAUACCCACCACGAGUCCCCUGUACGUAAUUGAAUGGUACGUUGACGUUAUUUAAUAGUGCAUUGAAUAAUGAAACGUGUUUUACGUAGUUGGGCACUCGUGGUGGGUAUAUACAUGAGACCUUUUCCAUCAAGACUGAUGUCAGGCUCUCUACAUUUCAUAACACGGAAUAAAAGCAUAGAACACCACAUAGUAAGCCUUUAAUGUACUCCAUGAAUUAACAUAUUCAAACAUGAUCUUACUGAAUUAAUAAAGAUAUUCCACCUCUGAAAAUCGAUAGAAAACGAUGCACAAUUCUGAAUGUGUUUCAUUAGCGAAGAGAAAAAGCUUAAUGAUACUACGAAAACAGGUGAAGUUCACGGACUUCGACUCUGAACAUUAAGGCACAAGUGUCUCUUCCGGUUUACAACAGCAGCAUAAAACAUAUGUCUGAAUGCAUUUCAAACGGCACCAGAUACCAUCAUCAACAUUUAAUAAGGCACAAGUGUCUCUUCUGGCCGGUUGACAUCAAUAUCAAUCAAUACUAACAACUUGAAAACGAUAACCUAACAUGUCUCUAAAUGUAGUUCAUUAUGGAAUAGAAAAAGCUUAAUGUUAUUACCAGAAAAGGUGAAGUUCACUGACUUCGACUCUGAACAUUAAGGCACAAGUUUCUCUUCUGGUUGACAUCAAUAUCAAAUCAGUACUAACAACUUGAAAACUAUCACCUAACAUGUCUCUAAAUGUAGUUCAUUAUGGAAUAGAAAAAGCUUAAUGUUAUUACCAGAAAAGGUGAAGUUCACUGACUUCGACUCUGAACAUUAAGGCACAAGUGUCUCUUCUGGUUGACAUCAAUAUCAAAUCAGUACUAACAACUUGAAAACUAUAACCUAACAUGUCUCUAAAUGUAGUUCAUUAUCGAAGAGAAAAACUUUAAUGUUAUUACCAGAAAAGGUGAAGUUCACUGACUUCGACUCUGAACAUUAAGGCACAAGUGUCUCUUCUGGUUGACAUCAAUAUCAAAUCAGUACUAACAACUUGAAAACGAUAACCUAACAUGUCUCUAAAUGUAGUUCAUUAUCGAAGAGAAAAAGCUUAAUGUUACUUCUAAAACAGGUGAAGUUCACGGACUUCGACUCUGAACAUUAAGGCACAAGUGUCUCUUCCGGUUUCCAACAACAGCAUAAAACAUAUGUCUGAAUGCAUUUCAAACGGCACCAGAUACCAUCAUUGUUCUUCGUCAUAUUCUACUUUUAACCCUUUUGCUUCCAGGUUCUCGCGGCUGCCGUCAGGUAAGAACUUUAGUGUUUUACUUGGCACGGUUACAGCAGAAAAUUUAAAGUUCUGAUCAAAUUCUUUAAGGCACUUUGUUAGGAAAUGGAGAUACACAUUCCCCGUAUACUUCACAAGCUUUCCUGACUUGUCCGUUCGCUCACGUACUCCAACCGUCUUCACCAAGACAAUAUCAGCCUGCUGAAAUGCGACUCUACAUUGUUCACACCUCUGCACACUUUUUGGACAACGUUUGUUGUCCAGUCGGCUAACAAGUUCGAACUGUUUCCCAGAAAUUCUGUCUGGAUCCAGUAGUUCCAGGUUCCGAGAGUCCUUCUUCGGUUGCACCUGAGAAAUGAAACAAAUAAAGGAAAAGAAAAUACAUUGACAAAAAUGGUGAGAUAUUCGAUGAUACGUGACUCAGUAGCAUUAUUAAGAUUGUGUGUUCACCGACAGUAUUUUGUGAUUAAUUAUAGGGAAUGUAUUCAGGGAAGGUCACCAAAACCAUAUUUUCAAUUAAGGGAUAAUGUACUUUUUAAUAAGUUAUGUUUGUACAACAAAAUAUCGUACAUGCUUCACUGCAUCACGUUGGAUUUUUCUCCAGUUUUAACAACCUGUAUAAAUAAGGUAACUUAUCACAGAAUCACACUUUAACUUAUCUUUGAAUACCCCGACAUUUGUUUCGCCUAUGUUUUGCUCUUUGUACCUACUUACUUUCCAUUCAGCUUCUUUGCCGACUUUAGAAAUGACCAGCGGUGAAACAGCUACCUUCUUGCAAGCUGCUGGUGUUGUGCGCUCGCUAAAUAGUUCUGGUUCCGGUAACUGCGCUCGUCUUUUCUUGGAAGGUGGAGUUGCCUUCAGACCAGCAGACUUCGGCUUGGCGUACGUAUCAUAUGAGCAUGCAACAAACCCUCUGAACGCUUCCAGAUGUUGUGCCUGCCUUGCCGGGCCCCAUCUGUUCCACUUUACGGCAUCGACUUGAAAAUGGUCAUAGCCGGGAGCAAGACGGUACUUCCCGAGGCCUUGUAUUGCCCUCUCUUCUUCCAAGUAAAACUCCUCUGCCCAUGUGAACAACUGGGCAGUAACGGCUGCGAUCUCUUUGGGGACGUCCUCUUCGGCCAUUCUCUUCUUCUGAAGCUUGUGUUUUAAUUCGAGGCCAUUCGUGUAAAAUCUGCCUUCAAUGCCGAGAUUUUCUCUUGCAGAAAGAACGAGGCAAUCUUUGAACAGCUUAGAUCUGUUGCUUUUGAAACAAUGGUGGAAACCUGGGGCUAUUUCUUCCCAUACCGGCUUCAAGCUUUCCAGUUUAGCAUCAAAAUCGCAUUCGUCCUCUGCGUCUGCUAAACCAUUCUAUAAAAGAACUGCAUCUUGCGUCCCGUAUAUAUCAGACAUCGCCCUUGACUGGGAACGCUGGGUACACCCAAGAGUUUUGAGCUUGUGGACAUCACGCUCUUGCAUAUGUUGAGUGCACCAGAGCCUUUUAGCUUCGUUGAAAACGUCACAUAGUCCUUGAGAUAGGGCUUUAUCUAAGUCAUGGCCGAUCUUUUUAAUUUUGAGCAGCUCUGGCUUCUUAAUGACAAUCUCGCCUGCAAAUCUUCGAUAGCAUUCUCUGGUCUUAUGAAAAUGCCAAAAGCUUGGCCCAGGGAACUCUGGAUUUUUCCCCUUUAAAUCGAUUAGGGCUUCGUUUGUGUACGUCGUGUCAGUGAGCCAGAGCCCUUCGACAAGUUCAAAUGUAGUGUCUACUCGGAGUACCGAAUUCCCAUUUACGCAGAAGCGGUACAAGUCAUUGAUCAUGUUUGAGAGACUGUUGAAAGCAACAUAACUUUCUUUCGUCAAUGUUACACUUUGGAGGAAAGGAACCGAUUGUAGGCAGGAAAUCAUCUCCUCUGCUUCACUUUUGAACUGUUUCUUGCUACUGGAACUAGUCGAAGUUUCUUUCUUUGAUAACAGCUUUCUGUUGUCAAUUAACUUGGGACCAGGUAUAGCUUCACUAACAGUACUAGCUCCAGCUCUGGCAAUGGAGUUAUAAACUUGAUCCGUUGAUAACCCCUUAGCGAUCAGAUUAUCGACCUUUGAGAAAAGACUGGGAUCUUUCCUGUAGUAUUGGCCACUGGUUGGUUUGGUAGCAUUCCCGUGCCGAGGAAGGUCGAAGCGUUGAUCCGCCCCAUCUGCCCAUUUGUACGUGACAACAUAAAAGGGCCUUGGUUCUUUUUCAGCAUAACCUUUAAUUGUGGUGAUAGCUCGGGAGAACUUAGGAUUGCUCUUACUUGUGUGGUACUCCCGUUUCAACUCAUAUAUUUCGUUUGCUGGAACGAUUUCUUUCCUGUAACCUUUAGAGUCUCGUAUAUUGACAUACCAUACGCCAUUUCCAUCUUUGUGGGAUGUGCGCGACCCCUCCUCAUUGUACAUAUAGAACUUUGUAACACUGCCUUUGGAAAUAUAUGCUCCAUUGUCAUCAGCUUUGGCGGAUGAUAUUGGAAUUUCUCUCAUAUCCAGAGUGAACAUUUUAUUUUCGCGUAUUCCAGAGGGUUUCUGUUUUAAGUUGAAAUCUUCCGGAUUUUGUAGAAGGAUGUUGAUCAGACUUUGGUGAUCACCUUCCACACUAUUUUCAUUGUUCAUUGUCGGCUUUGUUUCUUCUCUCUCGCUAUGUAAAGAUAGACAAUAAAUUCUAUUUCAAAAACAGGUUUGAUUAUACCUUUUCUCAGUGGCACCCAACGAGCAGUUAGAGCCAAGAGCCUACAAGAAACAUUUCUAGGCUCCUUGUAAUGUUUAAAGACUAUCUAAAGAGAUGUUUUUAUCACAUGCACGAAUUUGAUCUGUUCGGAUAUCUUAGCUAAAACAUUAAGUGUUCGAAAAUUUUAGGGAAUGAUAUCUUUUUUUCAGAAAUUGCUAGCUGCACGGCACAUUCUAGAAACUUCCCAAACGAAUCAUUUUCUCUUCCGAAAUUGCUAGGUGUCCUUUUUGAGACCCAAAAAUUGCAAAUAUAUCAUUUCCGAAAACGUAAGGGACCACUUUUGCCUUGUUGCGAGUGUUUUAGGUGAUGUUUUAGGGGCUGAAAAUCUAUUCAGAUUCCCGAUGCGAAAAUGCGAGGGCCUGUGUGUUAGAUUAUUCAAAAAGUCUAGCUCACCUUGCUUACAAACUGAUUUUUACCGAAAAUAAUCGCUGGGUGCCCCUGCUUUUAUCUAACAACAAAAAGAUGUCCGAUUUGAUUAUUACAAAACUUGAGGAUUUCCCUUUAAAUCUUGCGCUUCUCAAUCAGCGCUUCUGCACAUUUACAUGUUGCUGCCAAAUUGUAACUUUGCCCGGGGCACAGAAUGUUGAUCGUUAAAUCAGUUAUAUCGUUAAAUUGACAAUCGUAAAGUCGGCGUUCCAUUGUAAAUGAAUACUGACGGGAAGCGAUAGACCAGUUGCCAUAAUAAUUAUAGUCACUUACCGAGAACAAGAUGGGACUACGACAGGAAGCUGUGGCUUACUAUCAGAAUCUUUACAAUCCUAAGGUAAGAUAUAACAGAAUAACUGCUUUUCAAAAAGAUCUUUCUUUUUCACCAAGUACUGAGUAUUGAAAAGGUCCGAGAUAGGACAAGCAAGGUUCUAUCUAGGGUAUUUGAGGGGUAAAAGCUUUCCCCCCUCCCAAAAAAAAUGCCCAGCUUCCCCCCAAAAAAUAUCGGAGCUAAGUGUAACAUUGUCAGAACGUGAUCACGACUAAAAAAUGAAAUAAAAUAUCACUGUAACAUUUCUCAAAAUUGGGUCUCAAAAUGCACCAGAUUGCAUCUCAUCUCUUAUCAACAUACGAUGGUUUGAAUAUUGGAAGCUAGAAUUCUACGAUUUCAUAAUGUUUACAAAAAAUACCAGACUUCCGGUCAUUUAAUGUUUUUAACACCUUGACCGGUUACCGCCCAUAUAGACACAGCGCAUAACUCGAGUGAGCAAAGCAAAAUAGCAACCAUAUUUUGUUUGGUAUAAACAGUUGUUGAUGGUCCUCCAAAGAUUUCAUGACGCCAGCACGAGCGACCGCGAGAAAAAACCUCUGGUACAGAGCGGUUUCAUUCACAACAAGCAUCUCUCACUGCGAUCAAAUGGACCAAUACGUGAAGACAUGACAGAUCUGGUGUCAAUUACAUUCGGUGGAAAAAUGACAGAUCUGGUGAACGCAAAUGCUACAAAAAUAAAAUGACCUAAAACCAAGUACAACAACCUACAACCAGCUUGAGAAUACUAUUUUUAUGAUGUUGAGGCAUUUUAGUGAAAAUUUUUGCUCACCCGUUAGGGACUUUGAUAAAUGGACAUGCCACCGGAAAUGUUGUCUUUUACUUCCCGGGCUCCCAUCAAAAGCAAAACCAAUACCCCUGAAAAAUAAGUCAUUGUCUGCGACAUGGGCCGGUCAAAAACUAAAGAAUUGCUAAAGUAGCCCCGUCAGGCUUGAAGUUUGUGUUCUCACGUGACUCAUAAGCCCAGCAAAUUCGUAACACAAUGGCUGACAUGACCAGGAAAAAACAAGAACAAAAUGGUUUACAAAGGAGCAGUGCCAACAUUCCUGAGGUUUUUCGAGUAAUACACAGACUGCGUUUUAAUUUCGAGGUCAGUGUUUUCGAGGUCUGCUAUUCUGAGGUCUGUCUGAGGUCAAAGGAACCCAGGAAGAUUGAUAAGGUUGCGUAAUAUAACCUUUGGACCUUUUUUUUAAAAUACGUCUUGGGAGAAUUUCCCUACAAAUAAAGUCUUACCUCGAAAACGGCAGGGCUUUCCUCCAGCUUUAGUGGCCUUGAUGACGAUAAAUACUUUGGAAGAUCUACAAACAAUAUGGAAAUACGAUAAAGGGAAAGUAUGUUCACAAGUAUGCGAGAUUCAUGCAUCCACCGGGUUAGGCCAUACGUAUGUUGAACUGAACUGAGAUUUUACUGAGCAAUACCUAUACAAAUCUAUAUCUAUACACAUCUAUGACCUAUUUUUAUUCUAAGGAUCGCUUUCGAACAGUCUCUAUGCUUUCUCAUUGCGAGCCACAAACAAACUGAAAAAACAAACCGUAUCAACGGUCUGUACACGUUUUGCAAAGUAUGAACGUUGCCAGUUGGCUUUGUUAGCUUCAUUGGUAGAGCGCUGUACCAGUAUCGCAGAGGUCUAGUGUUCGAAUCCCGUACAACCUUGAAUUGUCUUCAGGCGUUCUUUUCGGAACUGCAAAAGUUGCGUAUAUAACUGCGAUGAUCUUCAUUUAUAUAAUUUUCAUUGGUUUUUAGGAACAGUGUCUUUUUUCCUAGUUUAACGACCCAAAGUUUGUUCCCUUUUACGGUUGCUCGACACCAAUGGCAAUUUAUAAAGUGAACACAAGCUCAAUAGAGAGUUUCAAGAAUAGACUUGUCCUGUUGGACGGAAGUAGUCCUUUCGUGACUUCGUCGCUCGAUCGGCCGGUUGGCGAUCCGUUUCGCUCGCUGGCUUAGCGAGCUGCGCUCAAUUUACAGCUUUUGUGCUGUGAAGACUGUGAACUUCUUGCCUGUUUAAUCAUUCCUUUGUAUUUGUUGUGUUGCAUUGUGUUGUGCCUUAAGAGGAAAAAAAGAAUCUACGCGAAUGUCGAAAUAUCUAGCUAGUAUUGAAGAGCGGGCCAACAAGCCGUCCUGUAACGUGAUUUCGCAUUCCAAAUUAAUUACUUGCGAAGAUUCGUUUCCCGAUGCCUAUCCGAUUCUGUGUGGAAAGCAAAGCUUGAAGUUUUAAUGAACUGUUGCACUUCUCUUGGAGAACGUUGUGGACGGUCGUCACACUCCUGUGGGUCUUGCUUGCUUAUGCGUGUAAUAUGAGCUCAGUGUCAUGUAAUCAAGAGUAAAAAUCGAAACUCAAUAAAUAAGGUCAAUAAAGUCAAUUUUUUCCAAGCUAGUUCUUUCAUAAAUGAUAAUUAGCACAAAUUUAGGCUAUCUAGGCACUUAAAUAGAUUGUUAUUUUCUGAAGAAAAAGUACAUUGUAGCUAAGAGCAUUUAGUGGUAUUCAGCUUACACGAUGUAUUCCGUGCAUAAAAUCUGCAUACCAUUACAUUGCAGUUGGAGUGAUAAGGCACCUGUAUCUUCAAAAGAGGAUCCCGGGUGGUGAAUUAUCUUAUAUGUUAAAUUGCACACAAUAUUUUCCAUAGAUUUUAGAAAAUAAGAACCUGUUUCAAAUUUUAGACUUAACAUGUUUUGUACAAAGGGGGACUAAGUGGCAUAUUUUAGCCUAACAGGUCCUUAAAAACCUGCUUCUUAGUCACGGCUUUUUACUGUAUUUUAAAGCGUGAAAGGAGGAAAUGAUAUGUAGUCUUGCCAAGACCCAGGUCUGUGCAGUUUUUGUGCGAAAGAUAUUCGGAGAAAAGAUUUAACAAAGUUUAUCGUGCUUUGUUGUCAUUUAGUUUUCCAUGAAAGCAAGCAUUUAUCUCCUGGGGGCUCUUGAUCCUACUGAGCAUUCAAAAUUCUUAGUAUUCCUGUACAAUGACUAUUUAGCAAAUCGCAGAGAUAAAAUCCUGGUUUAGUCAAAUGAUAGCUUUCUCGGUUGCUAUUAUGCUAUUAUAAAUGUCGCGUCACGAAAAUGUUAGACCGGAGCUAUUCUUAUGUUGUUUUGGUCUACUAAUAGCUAUAUGUGUACCAAUCAACGGUUGAGGCUGUCGUUGUUCACGUAGCGUGGCAAUGCAAAAUUGAUAUGCAAUGCAAUCGCACAGUUACUCGUAACGCUCAAUUUAAAAUCAGCAAUGAUGAUCCUAUUCUAUCCAUUUUGUAAUACAGUUUGGAUCUGAGACACCUUCAGAGCUGCCCCAGGAAGUCUGCACUGAUGCUGCUUUCUUUGGGAACAUGGUGUUUAGUGACUACUGUUCUUAUACAUCGUGGAAUACAUGGUAAGUUUGGAGUAGGAAUUCAUGGACUAAGUGUGGUCUUCUUGGGAUCACUCCCUUUUUUCGCCUUAUUUGUUUUACGGUUAAGUCAACUAAAACUGAGGUGGUGUCCGUCAUUGGCAAUAGCUCAGUCACUUUCGAUAUGUUUGGUUAUAUACUACCUUUCAAGUAACGGCCUUUGGUGUGCGCAACAUCCACACGUGACGCGCGCAUUGUGCGCAAAACUUGUCCAGUUUAAGUCGUUCGCGGCGUCCUCAAACGUAAUUUUUUGGUGGUUGACGCUGGGUGACCUCUUGGCUGUUCACCGAGGCCGUGUCAGGCCAAUUCCAUGGGAGCACGAUGUUGAUAUUUGUAUCACACCUGAACAAUAUCCACUAUUUGAAAAAGCUCUCAGGUCAAAUGCAAGUUAUUUCCAACCAAAGGCCGAAUGCCUGAAGUCAGGACAUUGUUAUCUACCUAUCGAUAUGGCAAAGCUUGGGCUCACAACUAGGGAAGCAGAGGGCGUGAACGUGGAUAUCUGGACUUGUCCGCAACUUUCUGGAAGUAUAAAGCGUGUUUUUUAUUGCAAUGACUAUGAAUGUACCUGGAUUCCUUCCAGAAAGGCAUGCUAUAUUGUCAAAACAUUACGGAAACUACUCUGCCGUCAAAUAUGCACACCACGCUACCAUGUGCAGAAUCUGGAACGGUUGACUGAUUGGACAAACCAUGCACAUACACCUUACGUCAUUUGGCGUUCGUACAAGUCCGCAACACAUAUACAAAAAAAGCACUUCAAGUGUGCUGGAGCGGUAAAAUAUUAUUGUUCGGGUGAGUGUAAUCCUGAAUAAAACCUGCUGUUGACGGUGAGUGACUUUUUAACAACCUUUGCGCGCGGUAGUGAUCUUCAGAGUCAAAGUGAGUUCAAUCACGUCAGUUGAUGGUAUUAAACUCUUGUUAUGGAUCUGAUUGGUCAAUUAAGUCGCGAUUUGAUAUAAUAGAGGAUUACCGUGGCCCUG